GACCUGGUGGACAUGCUGCAGCAGCGGUUUGUCCUGCUGGCGGAGGACAGCUUCCGGGACGCAGAGCUGCUGCGUCAGGUCGGCCCCGAGCUGCUGUGUCUGCAGAGCUCCGAGGUGAAGCUUCAGGGCCUGGUGGAGGAGCUGCACGCUGAGGCCCAGCACAGGGCUGUGCUGACAGAGAGCCUCCAAGCGGAGCUGCACGCUGAGGCCCAGCACAGGGCUCACAGGGCUGUGCUGACAGAGAGCCUCCAAGCGGAGCUGCACGCUGAGGCCCAGCACAGGGCUGUGCUGACAGAGAGCCUCCAGGCGGAGCUGAGCAGUAAAUCAGUGGAGCUGGAGGAGCUACAAGAAAACAACAAAACUCUGAGAGAAGAGCUGCAGGGUUUACACUCUGCUCAUGAGCAGGAGGUGAGGGAGCUGCAGCAGGAGAAUCAGAGGAGUCUGGGGAAACUGCAGGAGACAGCGGAGCAGUGUGAGUGGCUCUGUCAGCAGCAGAGAUACUGGAUGUGUUGUGUCAAGAGAUUCAAACGCUGCCUGAUGGAGGAGAGAGAAUCUCUGCUGCGACAGGUCAGCACGCUGGAAAAGAAGCUGAUGAAGAGUGAACAUGAAGAAGGUCACACACAGAGUGUCCUCUGUCCGCUAAAAGAGACCUCAUGCUGUGACAGCAUGUCAUCGUGGGAGGCAGGUUCAGCGGUCCACCUGGAGUCUCAGGAAGAGAAAUCAAACACGCUGUAUGAGGAGCUCUUUACACAGCAAGGCGUGCUGUUUUGAUGCAGUGGAAGUGUCAAGUUUGGGAGUGUAAAUCAAGGGAGGAGGACCCAAGUUCAGAAC